CUCUACUCGGCUCUUUUCGCUGAUGCGGGAGCUUGGGGGCCACCGCCGCUAGAGAGACGCUUUCCUUUUUUUAUUUUUUUUCCAUGUGUUCACUUCCGGGUCCGGCGCCGAUCCGGAUGCUCGAGGCAGAAGGAUGUUUGACCUCCGGAUAAGCGAGGCGCCGCUGUGCAUUCAUUCCCGGCUGCAUCGGUGGCGACAGCAGCGACCCGGGCGGCGACUCUCCGGCCAGAGGCGGCGGUAGGAGGCACCGGCAGUAGUGCGGGGACCGAGUCCGAGCCGAGCUGCGUUCCCUCCCUCGCUCGUUCCUUCCCCCCCUACCUCGCUCGCUCCCUCCCUGCGUGGCUCGCUUUCCUCCUCCGGUCGCCGGCGGGUGUGAUGUGCCGCCGCCGCUGCCCCCGCCGCCGCUGACUGACGGAGCAGGGGGCGCCGCCCGCGCCCGGGACCGACCCCGCGAGCUCGCGGCCGCGCCUCUGAGCUCUCUAUCAAUAUCAGCUUACAUCGUUGAAAGGAUAAUUUGGAAGACAUGUUUUGCUGAAAGGACAACUGAGAAAAAUUUUACGAAUGGGAUGAACACGCGCCAGUUAACAGACUACCUACUGCAAUUUGAAUGUUAACAAUUACCCACCUGGUACAGUUAACCUAGUGAUGUACCUAUUCUCACAAUACCCUAUUUCAGUGUGCUUGUCUUGAUUAAAGAAUUCAAAGUGGAGUACCGCAAACUUGAUAUGGAUAAUAAAAAGAAAGACAAGGACAAAUCAGAUGAUAGAAUGGCACGACCUAGUGGUCGGUCGGGACACAAUACUCGAGGAACUGGGUCUUCAUCUUCUGGAGUUUUAAUGGUUGGACCUAACUUUAGAGUUGGAAAAAAAAUUGGAUGUGGCAAUUUUGGAGAAUUACGAUUAGGGAAAAAUUUAUAUACAAAUGAAUAUGUGGCAAUUAAACUGGAGCCCAUGAAAUCCAGAGCACCACAGCUACAUUUGGAAUACAGAUUCUACAAGCAGCUAGGAUCUGGAGAUGGUAUACCUCAAGUUUACUAUUUUGGCCCGUGUGGUAAAUACAACGCCAUGGUGCUCGAACUGCUCGGACCUAGUUUGGAAGAUUUGUUUGACCUGUGUGACAGGACGUUUUCUCUGAAGACUGUUCUCAUGAUCGCUAUCCAGCUGAUUUCUCGCAUGGAAUAUGUCCAUUCAAAGAACUUGAUAUACAGAGAUGUAAAACCUGAGAACUUCUUAAUAGGACGACCAGGAAACAAAACCCAGCAAGUUAUUCAUAUUAUAGAUUUUGGUUUGGCAAAGGAAUAUAUCGAUCCAGAGACAAAGAAACACAUACCAUACAGAGAACACAAGAGCCUUACAGGAACAGCUAGAUAUAUGAGCAUAAACACACAUUUAGGAAAAGAACAAAGUAGAAGAGAUGACUUAGAAGCUUUAGGUCAUAUGUUCAUGUAUUUUCUGAGGGGCAGUCUUCCUUGGCAAGGUUUAAAGGCUGACACAUUAAAAGAGAGGUAUCAGAAAAUUGGAGAUACAAAACGAGCCACACCGAUAGAAGUGCUGUGUGAAAAUUUUCCAGAAGAAAUGGCAACGUAUCUUCGUUAUGUAAGAAGGCUAGAUUUUUUUGAAAAACCAGAUUAUGACUACCUAAGAAAACUUUUUACUGACUUAUUUGAUCGAAAAGGAUAUAUGUUUGAUUAUGAAUAUGACUGGAUUGGUAAACAGUUGCCUACUCCAGUGGGCGCCGUUCAGCAGGAUCCUGCUCUGUCCUCAAACAGAGAAGCACAUCAACACAGAGACAAGAUGCAACAAUCCAAAAAUCAGUCGGCAGACCACAGGGCAGCUUGGGACUCCCAGCAGGCAAAUCCCCACCAUUUGAGAGCUCACCUUGCAGCAGACAGACAUGGUGGCUCGGUACAGGUUGUAAGUUCGACAAAUGGAGAGUUAAACACAGAUGACCCCACCGCAGGACGUUCAAAUGCACCCAUCACAGCCCCUACGGAAGUAGAAGUGAUGGAUGAAACCAACUGCCAGAAAGUGUUGAACAUGUGGUGCUGCUGUUUUUUCAAACGAAGGAAAAGGAAAACCAUACAGCGCCACAAAUGACUCUGGACACAGACAGAUCAUGGGGAGUUACUUACGUGUUCAUCUGCUGUCUUGUGAUUAAAAAUCAUCUCCGUAGUGACCACAUACAUUUUCGAGGACUCGCUCGUAGAAACAAAAAUGUCAUACAUACUUUCAUACUUCAUUUUGUGGUUGUCUUACAUUCAUAUUUUUUUCUAAUUUAACUUUUAUGGAAGCUUUAAAGUUUUGUCGAAACAUGAGUGCUUUGCCCGUCGAUGAACGGAAUGGACCAAUGAGGUGGUGUCGAUGAAUACCGUUCUAAGGACAUUUUUCAGAAGCUCUCCUCCUGUUGUAGAAAAAGCAGUACAGUAUCUUCAGUGUCAGCCAGUUAUAUACCUGAUCUGGUUUUUGAUAACUUCUGUAAGAGCAUAAUCAAACAGGAAUGUCCCUCCUCCCCCCCCCGCUCCCCCGCCCCCCGCCCGGUGGAUAGUGCAACAGAGAAGACACCGUUGCCCCAAAAUGUAAAAGAAGUUAUUUUACGGGACGUUCCUUUCUUGUGUGGCAUCUGCAUCGAUUUCAGUAUUACUGAUGGUACGGCUGUGCGUGAGUCAUAUUAACAUUCUCUCUGUGAAAUCAUGGUACAGUCACUGCCCAGAGGUACUGAGGAAAAACGCUGUCGGGGUGCGGCCGAUGGUAGGUGGUAAAAUGGAAUCACGAGUCGCGUGGUAAAUACGAGCUCUGCUUUUGUUGCACCACUUUGUGAAGUUCAGUGUUGCUGAAGUGGCAAAAGCGCUUUUUUUAAAAGAAGAAAAAAAAAAGCAAAAUAUUUGUAUAAUGUAACUUUAUGCUUCCAGAUAAUAAUGUAUGUUAGACAGCAAGAAGCGAAUACUUUGAGAAAUGAAAUAUGUUGGAGUUUUGUUUUUGUUUUUGUUUUUUUAAAAUACACUAAGGAGAAGAAAUAAAUGUGAAUCUCAUCGCGAUGUGUAAGGUUGAAGUCUGAGGAGAUCCCACUGAAGCCUCCUGCUGAAUGAUUACACUCUCCCUUGAGCAGAAAACUUCGAUGUGCCAUGCAGUGGUGUCUGUUUGUUAAUUAUUUGCUCUUUGAUUAAAAAAAAAAAGAAAGAAAAAGAAAGGACCCCCAGCAAUAAAGACUGGGUCACUCUCUUGCCCUCUGUGCACAUUAGCCUCUUGUAUUCAACUUUGCUGGUUCUCUGGAAUUUUCCUACCUUUUAGUAUAAUUUUGAUGAGUGAGAACUAUUUUGGAAAGGAUGGGUCAGGUGCUUUGCCUCCACAGUCUGUUGAAGUGCCUGCAUAUGAACAAAAGUUAAUCGUUCUGCACAAACAGGAAGCCCAGUCUGCUCUUUUAAGUGUGCUUUGUUUGAAGCCAUAAAGAUACAGGUGUAUUUGGUCACAUUCUGCCAGCCAGAAGUUUCAAGCAGAGUUAAAACAAAAUGACUGGCCAGAAAAAGAAUCACGUUUUUUCAGAUCGCACACUCACCUUUCAUUUAUGAAAUUGUUACUUACUCUUCCCACGCAGCCCUUCCUUUGUCUUCAGGCAGCCUGCCUUCAGGCGUGCUUAUUUAUUUUUCUCGUCGCAAGGUAACAUUUAAAAUGUGUAAUGAAAGUAAAUAAAUUACCUUUUUGACUUCCUUAUUGCAUUUACAGGGAUUUGAUUGUAUCCGUAAUUUAUUUUCCUUAGUAGCCACAAGUUCCGUGUAUCGUUUUUGCUGAAUUAGGUGCCCACACAGAUACCGCAAAUCGGGACAUUGUUUAUCAUCGUUGCUCUGAAUCCUGCGAUCGUUUCAAGUUCUUGAUUUGAAAGGCCCACGCUCAGCCUAGAAGGCAUUUGCUGUAUAGUUUGGUCAACAGUUUUCCAUUCUUUCUGUCUGUAUACUGUCAUGAUGUCUCAAACGACAGGAGUUCCAUACUGAGGUUUUCUUUUCGUUUUGCCUUGAGCAACCUAGAUGGAUGUUUUGGCCGUUAUAAUGUGAAACCACUUCUUUCUUUACAGUAUUUGACCAAAUUUGUGUGUCUAUGAUAUUUGUAAAUACAUGCGAUACCUGUAUUUCUUACCAUAAGUCUAUUUAGUUUUAUUCUCAGUAGGGUUUUUGGACUGUACAGUGUUUAUAUGAUCUGAACUCCUUAUACAUAAGAAGGUGUGUAUAUUAAUCCAAUUAUGGACUUAAAAUAUUUUAAAAGUAUAAAUACCCUUAUUUGCUGCAAAGACCAGUGUGCAGACAUUUGCUUUCUAGCAAUAUUUUUAAGUGCUCCAUUUUAACGCCAAGGAGAGAGUCUUCUGGCGACACAAACUGGUCGGUAAUAGGUGAUGCAGGUAUGUUCAGGUUAAGCCAACAAUGUUUUGCAUUUUUAUGCUUCUUUUCUGUCAACACUAAUGAAGUCAACAUUGCCUGAAUGUCUGAAUAAUGAAACACAUCCCUGUUUAAAAGUAUGUAACUGAAAAAGAAAUAAAAAAUAAAGGUAGUUUUUUUAAA